UGCCUGUCGCUAAUUGUAGAGUUAAACCAAUAACAUUUUUUAAAGUUGGAUUCUGAGAACGCCAAAUAUCGGAAAGGUGAAAGUUGGAGCAGAAAUGUAUAAUUAAGUUAUUUUAAAAAUGGGCUGAAUGCCUGGUGGGAUACCUAUCCAUCCAGUCACCAGGAGCCCCUCAUGCCAUAUGGUCCAUCCUGAUAUUGAACAUGCUGUAAUUAUCUUCAACCACCUUUGACUCCGUAGACGAAUGCGGGACCGGUAACCAGUUAACGUUAUAAUUGUGAUUCAAAACAGCUUCUCUCAGCAGCAACCCAUGGCUGGCUUCAGGCAAGAGGAUGUGGAGGUGUUCUAUGAUAUGGGGGAGGAGCUGGGGAGCGGACAGUUUGCCAUCGUACGGAAGUGUAAAGAGAAGCCCUCUGGCUCUGAGUACGCCGCCAAAUUCAUCAAGAAGCGUCGACUGUCGUCUAGCCGCCGGGGCGUUAGCCGCGAGGAGAUCGAGAGGGAGGUGAACAUCCUGAGAGAGAUCCAGCACAGCAACAUCAUAACGCUACACGACAUCUUCGAGAACAAGACCGACGUCAUCCUCAUCCUGGAGCUGGUGUCUGGGGGGGAGCUGUUUGACUUCUUGGCAGAGAAGGAGUCUUUAACAGAGGAGGCUGCCACACAGUUCCUCAAACAGAUCCUGGAUGGGGUCCACUACCUGCACUCCAAAUGCAUAGCUCACUUUGACCUCAAGCCGGAGAACAUUAUGCUGCUGGAUAAGAAUGUUCCCAACCCCAGGAUCAAACUCAUCGACUUCGGCAUCGCUCAUCAAAUCAAAGCUGGGAAUGAGUUUAAAAACAUCUUCGGAACGCCAGAGUUCGUUGCUCCAGAGAUAGUCAACUAUGAACUGCUAGGCCUGGAGGCUGACAUGUGGAGUAUUGGAGUUAUCACAUACAUUCUGUUGAGUGGUGCCUCUCCGUUCCUGGGGGAGACCAAGCAGGAGACUCUGACCAACAUCUCAGCAGUCAACUAUGACUUUGACGAGGAGUACUUCAGCAACACUAGUGAGUUGGCCAAGGACUUCAUCAGACGGCUGCUGGUCAAGGAUCCCAAGAAGAGAAUGACCAUCGAUGACAGCCUUCAGCAUCCCUGGAUCAAGGUGAUCAAGAGGCGAAACGUGCGCCAGGAGGAGAGUGGAAAGAAGCCGGAGCGCAGGCGCCUGAAGACAACGCGUCUAAAGGAGUACACCAUCAAGUCCCACUCCUCCAUGCCCCCCAACAACACCUACGUCAACUUUGAACGCUUCUCCCAGGUGCUGGAGGAGAUCGCUGCUGCCGAGGAGGGGCUGAGAGACCUGGAGCUCAACCAGCGGUCAUGUCAGGAGGACGUGGCUGCUCUACUCUCUAUCUAUGAGGAGAAGGAGGGCUGGUACAAGGAGGAGAACCAGAGCAUCGCCAGCAACCUGGAUCACAUCCGCCAGGCUCUGCAGUGUACCCAGGCCCAGCGCAGGCAGAGUCAGGAGGAUGCCCGCGCCGCCAUGCUUGCCGCUAACGCACUCAAGAGGACGUUUGGGCGCCUGGAGAACCGCUACGAGGUCCUGGCGGAGCAGGUGGCGUCGGAGGUGCGCUGGGUGGAGGAGCUGGUCAGAGGGAUAGAGAGGGAGAAAGACAGUCUGGUCAUGCCCUGAGACCUGGCUCCAGCUUGGAUUGUAGAAUAGUCUUGAGCCUGGCCUGCCUUCUAGAAUCACUGACAUUAUUCUCAUAGAAUCACUGACAUUAGUCAUAAUCUACGCUCUUCAGUUUCUUCUUUCUAGGGCGGUCUGGUCAUGGCCGGUAGGCAAAGUCCUACCGGGCUGGGGCUGGAAUCACUGAAUGACAUUAUUCUAGUUCUCAGCUUACUUCCUACUAUGUCUGUGUCUGUGUGUGUGUGUAUGGUACAGUCAGGACAGUACAUGUACACCAGCUCUCAGAGUUUUUCUGGUGUUGGUGUGGUUGUUGGAAUCAUAGACAUUACUCUGUUUCUGCACUCUCUACUUCUUCUUUGUCUGUGUGUUUGUGGCACGAACAGGGCACAUAUUCUACACCAGCUGUCAUCAGAUUCAGAAUGAGGGUCCAGAGUUCUUCGGGUUAGAGAAAACGCUGGGCCCCCGAUCAUAAUCCAUGCUGCCCCUCACACACAUUUGAUUGGGAAAAAGGUUACUCCUCCUGUAUCACUUUGUAUGGAGAGAACUAGCAACGCAGAGUCCUUAUUAUGAAUAUGUUUGAUCAACAAAAUACGUGUUUAAUAAUAAUACAUUUUCUAAAUAAAUGUUUAAUGUUGAAGAUAAGGAUUUUGAUUGUUAUAUGCAAUACUGACACAUUGUAAAAUACGCUGUUCGUUUUUGCAGUAUAUUUGGUUAUGAUUUGGCUUUCUGCAUUGGCAAUCGUUUUCCUAAAGAGUUUUAAGCUCCAUAGUUGAAGAAAUACAUAGUAUAUGCACCUGUGUGACAGCCUUAGUCUGGCUUGGUAUGUCAACUUUAAGUACGCAAUCAUAACAUGUAUCAUUCUCAGCUGACUGUUAUAAGUAACAACAAAGUACAAAUUGCACAGAAAUAACAGGAAAUUCAUGUCGAUGUAUUAUAGGGAGAUGUCAGUACUUCAUCUUAUUGACAGUAGGCUAUCUAUUCUAUACCAUAUGUCACUCGGCUGACUUGUUGUACUGUGAUGCAAAUGAAACAAAUGCAAACACUAUAGCUGUCUUACCUAAGGAGAGAGUAGUCUUAAAAUAUAUAGAUUGUAUAAACCUGUUUUGCUCUUUGUACGCUGUGCCUGGAUAUAGAACACCCUAUUGCCUAUACAUAAGCUAAAGCAAAUAUGUAGUAAUGGUUAGACAUGUUAGUGAAAAUACAGGCUUAGUUGCUGUCCCUCAAAACGCUUUGGGCCAGUUUCCUGGAUAAAAGCAUGCUCAAUGGAAGUUGUCUAUUGAAUUUGGUUUUUAGCCCAGGACUAGGCUUAAUCUGUGUCUGGGAAACUGCCCUGUUUGAGUACAACUAUUGUACAUAAGAUUCUUCCCAAAUGAUCUGCAUGAUGUUAAACUAUGUAAAGUAUAAAACAUAUAUAUUUUUUCAUUAGGACCAUAAUAACCCACACACUUCAGACAUUCCACGAAUUAAAUCUAUGCAUCACAUUCCAUGUUCACCAUAAAACUAUAGAACCCUAUAUACUGUGUAAUUCCCUAGUUUAAUAUUCUCAUUUGCACUUAAGAAUACAGCAGUGUUCCAAACUAUCUCCCACUGAAUUAUUUUAAUGUACGUAAAACGUAUAAUUGGUAUGUAUUUAUUGGUUUGAACAGUUUUAGACAGGUUUGUGUUUGAAAUAAACAAGCUUAAAUACAUGUAGCUUAA